AUGGAGGGUAAGAUCGAGACCCGAGUCAUCGACGGAAAGGCCGUCUCAGCGGAAGUUCGCGCCGAGGUGAAGGCCUUGACCGAACAGCUGAAGCAGGAACAUGCUGUGGUACCGGGCCUCGCCAUGAUCCUGGUCGGCGAGCGACAAGACUCCAAGAGCUAUGUGGCAAACAAGACAAAAGCAGCGAAGGAGGUGGACUUUCAUGUAGUGGACGUCCACCUCCCUGAGACCGUCACCCAGGAGGAGCUUCUGGCCGAGUUGAAGAAACUCAACGACGACCCCCAGGUACAUGGUAUCCUGGUCCAGCUGCCACUGCCGGAGCAUAUCAACGAAGGAACAGUCCUGAAGCACAUCCGAGUAGACAAGGACGCCGACUGCUUCGCUGCGGAGAACGUCGGAAAUCUUUGUCUCAAAGGUGGAGAUCCACCCUUGGCUGUACCCUGCACGCCUGCGGGCUGCGUCGAGCUUCUGCAGCGCAGUCGUGUCGACGUAGCUGGCAAGUCGGUGGUCGUUCUUGGCAGGUCCAAUCUUGUUGGUAUGCCCAUGGCACAGCUGCUCCUCUCCAUGGAUGCCACCGUGACGAUCUGCCAUUCCAAGUCCCAGGAUGUUGCACAACACCUGCGAGGUGCAGACAUAGUCGUCGCUGCCAUCGGCCAGGCACAGUUUGUGCGCGGAGAGUGGUUGAAGCCAGGCUGCGUCGUCAUCGAUGUUGGCAUCAACUCCGUGGAUGAUGCCACGAAGAAGUCUGGUUAUCGCUUGGUGGGUGACGUGAACUACCCAGAGGUUUUGGGAGUCGCCUCCUUGGUGACUCCAGUGCCAGGGGGCGUCGGUCCCAUGACCAUUGCAAUGCUGCUGAAGAAUGUUUUGAACCUGGCACGCCAAAGUGCUGGCCUUCCUCGCGUGCCUCUGCGACGAGAGGUCCCCUCGGUGGAGCCGAAGCCUCUCUGA